UGGGUGAGGCACAUGCUCAGUUCCACUUUGACAAUUGCCAAGGACAACAAAAAUAAUGCCGUUCUUGGUUAUGCUGUGUGGAGAACAUUGACAGGAGGGCAUAAGACAAUCCAAUACUCACUGAUGCUAGCCGGCCACACCAAAUUUUCAUGCGACUGGCAUUUUGGAGUUUGGAAAAACAGAAUGAGACACAUGGAUGCAGAGACAGUUGAGGAGGUGGCUUCCACAGAAGCCAUGUCAUCCCGUAAUGGCCACAACAUUCCACAUAUUGUUGAUGGCAACAGCAAACAAGUGUCGUUCUAUGACUGGAGCACCUUCUUCAAAGGCAUUUUCAAACCAUUGAAGAACAUUUCGAAAUACCAUUCAUUUGAGGUGUCUUCUAACGAGCCUGGGGUUUUAAGACUAUUUUAA